AUGUUUUUCCGCAUCUCCACCGUCGCGUUCUACGCCUUGUUCGCUUUUGCCAUCCUUGCUGCCGCCACCCCAGGAGGUAAACCCACCACUACCGUUGCCCCGGUCACCACCACGAUCACGGUCACUGCGCCCGCUACGACCACGACUAUCACUUCCGGUGAUUGCACCACUGGUCCCAUUCAGUGCUGCGAAAGCACCGAGAAUGCUUCAUCCACUGCGGCCGGUCUCCUUCUCGGUUUGCUCGGAAUCGUCUUGGAUGACCUUAACGUCUUGCUUGGUCUCAACUGCAGCCCCAUCACGGUCAUUGGUGCUAGUGGCAGCAGCUGCUCUUCUCAGGUGGUCUGCUGCGCGGACAAUGCUGUGGGUGGACUGAUUUCUAUCGGAUGUAUCCCUAUAUUUCUUUGA